UCUCACCAUCAAGAACUUAAAAUGAAUCGCGACAAUAUAUUACUGUGAUUCAUUUUAAGCAAGCGGCUCUUCCCACCCCUCAAACUUCAUUUUCUUCGGCUUUAAAAUCAAGCACACGAAGAAAACAGAGGAAAAUAUGCUUCUUUCGAACAAGUGACAACCGACAGCAGAAAUUUCCUCAUAAACCGUACAAGUACCACCUUCCAAGUUCCGACCCAAGAACACGUACCCGCCACCACUCCCUCCAAAACCCAAAUCGCCACCAUUUCCAAUUUCCACACCAAGAGAGAGUGGGAUUUCAUGACGAGUAAGAAGAGAGUUCUGGUAGUUGGGGGAACAGGUUACUUGGGCCAGCAUGUACUGCAAGGGUUCUCACAGAUUGAAGGGAAAGGGAUCACAUCAACCUCCCCUUUCGAUCUGGCCUUUACCCACCACUCCAAUCCUCCCCCCCAGGCGUUGCUCGACGCACAUUUGCUGCCUUUCCAAGUCGAUUUGAAGACCGGCCAUGGAUUUCAAGCCAUUUCUCAGACGUUUGGCCGGCCUGAUGUGGUCAUAAACUGCGCUGCACUAUCCGUACCUCGUGCCUGUGAAAUGGAUCCUGCUGCUGCUAUGUCUGUGAAUGUUCCAUCUUCUCUUGUGAACUGGUUAUCAAGCUUUGAAGAGAGUAGUUCUCUUCUGAUCCAUUUGUCAACUGAUCAAGUUUAUGAAGGGGUGAAGUCCUUUUACAAGGAAGAUGAUGAAACUGCUCCCGUAAAUGUAUAUGGGAAAUCGAAAGUGGCAGCAGAGCAGUUCAUAUCCGAAAAAUGCUCAAACUUUGCAAUUUUGAGAAGCAGCAUCAUCUUUGGGCCACAGACAAUCUCACCGGUUCCAAAAUCUCUUCCAAUCCAGUGGAUAGAUGGUGUCCUCUCCAAAGGAAAGACGAGCGAGUUUUUCCAUGACGAGUUCCGGUGUCCAGUGUAUGUUAAAGAUGUUGUAGCUGUCAUAUUAGCUCUGUCCAAGGGAUGGAUAUAUGAAAGUAAGCAAACAAAGGUGCUACUAAAUGUCGGUGGACCAGAUAGGGUAUCCCGCCUUCAAAUGGCUGAGAUUGUUGCCAAUGUUAGAGGAUACAACCCCUCAUUAAUCAAAUCAGUGUCUGCAUCAUCAGUCGAUCGUGGAGUAAUGUCUCCUGCCGACAUAUCCAUGGAUAUAACUAAGCUGGUUCGGACACUUGGUAUUGCUCCAACUUCAUUUAGAGACGGUGUCAGAUUGACGCUUGAAACUGAGGCUAAGUCGUCUUGAUGGCCUGAAGUACUGUAAAUUGCUUCCUAGUUGUAGCACCAGGAAUAAUCGUCCCUUUCUGCCAUACUUUAUUGGAAAAGAAAUGCUGUUCAAAUUGUUGAGAGAGCAACUAUUAUUCAACCCAAGAAACUUGAGAUGUUAUGCUACCAAUAUAUUGUACCAAAUUUGCUACUUCUGAAUUUCUGGCUCACAAGAUACGUGGUCGAUGAAACGAAAUAUAACUCGUGUUACCUUUCUUCUCAA